GAAACACAAGCCGCUACAACUGACGAAACUGGAACAAUAGUUGAUAAUUUCCGAUAAAGAUUAAACUGAUAAGUUUCCUAAUUAAUGAAAGUAGAUAUUGUCAUUUUUAAAGUGGUGCUUGGGAGAAAACCACAAUGUCGACUUCGAUUGAUGAUUUACAAAACGAAUUUGUAAUCGGUGUGAGUGUCCUUGGCGGUGUUUGUUUGCUUCUGACUUGUGCAGUGAUUGGUCUUUUUGUGUGGAAUAUCCAGCUUCACAAAAAAAUCAAAAAGUUGGACCCUUUCGUCAACUUCAAGCUUCAGAGACCCAAAAAAGUGAACAAUGACCACCAUCAUCGUCCCCACCAACCAACAUCUCUCCCUGUUGAUGACUUUGUAACAGUUUACGACAACUCUGGAUAUGAAAGAAAUGAAAGAAAUAACAGAAACGAGAUUGAAGAUAAACGCGACUUAAACCCAAUUGCCAUGAGAAGUAAAGCAAGUUUUGAUAAUGAAAACUUCAGUUUUGGCUCUAAUAAAUUAUCAAUGAAUUCGUUUCGACAUCCGGAUUAUCUGCAUUUAGAUAACAGGUUUUACUAACCUCUGUUUUAUCUCGUAUUAAAACACUAAAUCCCAGCUUUACUCAUUUUGUAUUGUAUUUAUUGCUUUUUUUGUUUCGUGUUGUAAAUUAUUUGUCAAAUAAUAAAUUGUUCGUUUUU